ACGAAAUGUAGUAUGGGAUCGAUCGUUCAAAAUGGCAGCGCGAAAAUCAAACUGCAUAGUGCAGGCAAUAAAGAGAUUGCCUAUGUCCCAGAAUGAAGGUUUUUGUUGAAUGAUUUACCAUGGCUGCUGGAUCAUCCGAUGUACAAAGUGUGUUUCUAAUCGACGUGUCGGCUCUGAAAGAUCCAGAGGCAAAAUGGGAUGAAGCAAUUUCUCUUUACAUCCUUCGUGUGUUGUCUUUCCUCAAGUCUCAAACAUCUGUGCCAGGAAAACAACAAAAGAAGUAUAAUCUUAAAUGGGGUUAUAAAUUUUUUAGCACUCAGGGACAGAAAAACUGGGAUGUGUCACGCUCAGUGAGAUUUCGAGAUUUCAAAAUGAGAUAUUUUGAAGAGUUUGAAAGGGAUUUUAAACAAGUUUUGUCGGAGCACAGAACAAAGGUAAAACCCGAAUCGAGAGGUGCUUGUUAUCCGGCCAGAUACCUUGCAAAAACUCUCACAGAAGCGAUUCACGAUUUUCAAUGGGAGACGCCAGAUUUUGGAUCACCAGUAAAAACAAGAAAAGGAAUGGCCGAACAGAAUGCCAAGAACAGAAAUCUGUCGUUUCUGUUUAGCCUCAUUCCUUGUGACAAAAAGGCCUUGCGAUAUUUUGCAAAUAAAGUCGUGAUGGAUGCUGAUAUCUUUAUAGAUUCUUUCAUGUCCCCGGCACUUAAAAAGGAAUUUUGCAUCCAAAGAGGAAUUCAGCUCUUCUGGGUUGAUAUUGGACGGUAUCAUCAAGCUGAAGGCCUCGAAGAACCAGACAUGAAGAGUCUGGACAUUGUUCAGCAGUCACUGAAAACUUUGGGAGGUAGUCUCUUGCUUUUUGAAUCACUCGUCACGCCGCCAUCUCUCGCUGCACCUGCCUUCAGUCAGGUAUUUUCCAACAACAAAUCAGCACGGAGCAAAACUCAACAAAGUCGGCCUGACAUUAGCAUGGUGGCAUCAAGCUUUGCUCGCUCAUCUCUGUGUCACAGCUUGAUGUCUUUGAAGUCUUCAACUACCAGAACUAAGUCCUUAUUACCAUGUUAUAAGGAUCCUUCUAUAAUGAAUACUAAUUUUUUAAGCAAAGUGUCUCUCCAUAUUAUGGAUAAAGAAUGUGAAGCACUUCAGCAUGUUGAUUUAAAACUCAUACCAGUUCUGAAAGAUGAUGAAAGUGAACCCUUCUGGCACCUUGCAUCAGCUGGGACACCACCUAGCUCCAUGAUGCCUCAUAUAGAUGUGGUCUUUAAAAUAAAGGCAUGCAUGAAGCGAGCCCACGUUCGAAUGUUAAGCAGUAACAUCAGAGACAGCUUUAUCUGCGAGGCCCAGAAACAUGAGGCCUCAUCAUACCAGACCUUCCUUUGCCUUGUAGAAGCAAUUCAUCAACGUCAGCAGAGUUUGAUCCUGACAAUGUAUGCAGGGGACACGACCAUGCCUUACCUGGCUGUCCUGGAGGCUGUUUCAUCCAUGACGGCCCAGCUCACCUUGCUUUCUUUUGCACCUACGCUUAAACUUGAGAAGAUUAUGACCUUUCCAGCAAUCUGCAGAAGAGAAUGCUGACACCAAAACAUCACAUUUUUCAGCUUCACUUCAUGAGUUUUUGCAGAAGGCUGUAGUAGCUAUAGGCUGCCAUCAGCCAGGAGAAGUAGACAAAAAGCACAGUUUGGGUGAGAACUGCACAACAUGGUUCUGGCCUGGUUUGUUGGAUCCAUGGCAUCAACCUGGCAGCUUUCCACACUUCCAAAGCUUCCUGGACAGGCAUGGUACCAGGCUAGAUGAAAUGGAAAACCUCUCUGAUGUUGAAAAAAGUACCUUGCAAAGACUACAGGAUGCAUACUGCAAAGAAAAUAAGGCUUUGUCAUUUCCACUCUUGCCACAACACUGCACUUCUGCUGCCAGUGUCACCAUCACCCCACAAUCUGCCCAAAGUGCAGGGGACCGCACUCACUUCUCUGGGGACAGCACCAGUGGAUCAGAAGGUCAAAACAGCCUUAAGCGACAGAAUUCUCUUCUGGCACGUGGCCGACUGAUGGUCAGCAAGGCUAAACAGAAGCUUGAUGAGGUUGACGGAUGCACACCUGGUUUUAUGAGUGCCUCUCAACGUCAGGAUGUUGGAGAUUUCGAUAACAUUGACUUGAAGACUGUUCACGAUUUAGAAAAGUAUAUUCAAGAGCAGUACGUUAGCACUGUGUCAAGUGGGGUUGGCCUGGAGACCACCAUGCAAACCUUAGUAACAGUCACUCUUCACUUCAUGUCACAGGGUGUGGCUUCAUCUUGCCCACAGGAAACCACAGUUGAACUUCUCCGUCAAAAGCUUUUGAAGUCAUCCUUAGACUUAAAAGCACACUAUGAGAGUCUGACAUCACAAGAAGACAACAAGAAAAAAAUUACUGAGUACAAGCUACAGGUUUUGCUGCGGCUUGAGUUGGAGUCCAUUUGUGCUAGUCUGGACAGCUCUCGAACAGACCAAACUACAAAUGAGAUCCUGAAUUUCCUGCGUGCACUGGUGUUUAUAACAGAUACGAGUGAAGUCUCCCAGUUUUUGAACACAACAAUUGCUGCCAACUACGCCUCUUCGGUGCCCCAGAUGCUGGUCAGCAUAUACGAUGAGCUCAUGCAGCCAUUGCCUCCAUCUCUAGCAGGGUUUGGAUCCCCAACCACAGUUUCCAGUGUGACCCAAGAAGCACUUUCUGUUAGUAGCCACCUCAGUAAUGACCUCAACUGUUCCCAUCUUGAUGGUACCCAAUCACAAAGCUCACAAUCACGCAGAUCCAGGAGUCUUCGUUCUCAUCCCAGUUUGUCAGAGUUGGGUACCAAGCGACAGAUCAUGAUAGAAGCCAAGCCACAGCAGAAAACAAAGAUAGACUCUAAGGAGAAAGGUGCACAGAAAGCAUUAAAGAACAAAGGAAAAGGUAAAAAGACAGGUCCAUGUCGCAGUCUGUUUGAAAAUGCGCGGGGACAAAAGCAUGAAGGCAAAAAGCAGGAUUUAUCUGUCAGCCUUAAAAAUACCAGGUCAUCUCCAAGGAGAAAAGGGCCCAAAGCAGACUCCAGUCCACACACAGGUAGCAGAAGACCACUGGUGGUGGAGACACCAGCUAGACAACAGCACAAUCGAGCGGUGUGGCUACAGCAGCAGAGGGAACGCCAGCGAACUAACCAGGAUGCUGCCAACGUGCAGGUGGUGGAGGAAUCGCCUGUCAAAGAAGCUACUCAAACAAGCCCAGUUGUGUUCAAACCUGUCAGAAGAGUUCUCCGCAAAGCCUUUUACUCAGCUGGUCAUGUGAAUCGCUCUAGAAGCUUAGUUCGUGCUGAGGAGCUGUCAGCCUGCAUUGCUGGGAGAAGGCAUCCUUUGCAAGGAAAGGGAGGAGCUCGCCUGUCUGAUGCACUCCUUGGUGAAAAGAGCAUCAUGUCACCAACACGCCAAGCGCAGUCUUUCCUUCAUGCACAGCUUAUCAAGAGCCCGUCCUUUGGGCAGGUCACGCCCCCACGUCCUCGCCAUGUCAAGCCUGAUCCCACCACUCCUAGCCAGAAUACACGCUCCAAACAUCUGGAGGACUUGAGCGUCUUUUCGUCAGAUGAUGGAGAUGUGAUGCCUGAAAGCAAACUCUCCAGGGUCGUGUCUGCCCUGAGCUUUACCUCCCCUGUCAAAGAUAAAGACGCAUCCCUUCUUUUGAAAACACCCCCAAGGAAAGAAGGCAAGAAGGUUUGCAUCACACCAAGGAGGAAGCGUGUUGUGAGAGCCGGUUGGAUAGCAAAGUCCCCAGAGGAAGUCUUCCAAAUAGAUUCCUCAAGCCAUAAUUUAAGACAAUCCUGCAGUGCCUUUACCUCUCCCAGCAAAGCUAAUGUUGCUGAAUUACAUUCCGGACUCAGUGAGAAUUUCAUGUCAGAUGUGAGCUCACCCAUUACUCGAUCCAAACAUUUCUUGCUGGCAGGAUCAACCAUGCCAAGCACAUCUAGAACAGAAUCAAGUUUAACAAAAAAUAGCUCAGAGAAACAGGAGAGGGAAUGUUCCAAACAACUGACAUCUUUAUCGGAUGGGGUGAGUGCAAGACUGUCACGCUGUGAAAUGACUGAAAAUGGAGAUGUGCAGGAGGUGGUUUCGGGAUCAGCUCCCGGCUGCAGAAAGACAUCCAGACGGGAAAGAAGCCCUGUAGUGCAAAGCAGCAUUCUUGAUUUUGUCUCUCCUACACGAAGAGUCAGGAAAGACCUCCCUAGCAUAGAUGUAUGCUCAGAUGUAUGUCAAAAUCACGCAACAAGGCAUUUUGCCAUCUUCCCUUGGAGAAGCUGCAGUUGGAAAGGAACCUCAGACCCCAUCAAAGUUUACCAGAGCCAAGUCUUCGAUGGCUUGUAAAAGUCUUGGUGCUGAUGCAGGAACGGUUCCUAGCAGCUGCACUUUAUCUCCCGUCAAGACGCCCAUCAAAUACAGUCGCAGUAACGAUUUUAUCUCACCCACCAAAACACCUACCAGAUCUAUUCUGAAAAACUCGCCUUUGUUUCACAA